AUGGUGCGUAUAGCGAAGGAGAAUGUGCUGUUAAUCUUUACGGUACUUGGUGUUGUAGCAGGAAUUAUUCUGGGUAUAUCAUUACGAGAUCCUGAUGCUAAAUGGAGCAAAAGGCAUUUGAGUUAUUUGCGAUUUCCUGGUGAUGUCUUCGUUCAAAUGCUCAAAAUGCUGAUUCUUCCGCUAAUCAUGUCAAGUAUCAUAACAAGCUUGGCAUCUGUGGAUUCAAACACUGCUGGAAAACUUGGAAUGAUAUCAUUGGUAUACUACUUCUUGACAACUAUGAUGGCCGUUAUACUGGGCAUUGUGCUGGUAGUUCUUAUUCAACCUGGAAAGUGGAUGACAACAAAUAUUGAAGAAAUUGUUGGCGAAGUUAGCAAAGCUCCUUGUAUCUCUACUGCAAUGGAUACGAUUUUGGAUCUAGUGAGAGCAUUAUUCCCAGAAAAUCUCAUUGAAGCAACAUUUCGAUCGCACAAGGUCUGCAUGAAGUUCCUAAAUGGCUCCGAAUCGGUAAAUCCGGACUACGUGCUGAAAAUGAGCCCAGAGGCUCGCGCAGUUUUUACGGAACUUCCUGAAAAAAUUACUUCCGAUGGAAUGAACAUUCUUGGACUUGUUAUGUUCAGUGUAGCCUUCGGAAUAACAAUCAGUUGGAUUGGAGAGGAGGGGCUGGCUCUGAAAGCUUUUUUCAAAAGUCUUGAAGCAGUCAGCAUGAAACUCAUCUCCCUCGUUAUCUGGUACUCCCCCAUUGGCAUCACUUUCCUCAUAGCGGCACAAAUAGUUUCUAUGAAAAAUCCGGGAAAAGAGCUUCAGCGAUUGAUGGGUUACAUGGUUACGGUAUUAAUCGGACUGUUCAUUCAUGGCUUCAUUUUGCUGCCAAUUCUGAUGAUCACCCUAGCCAGAAGGAAUCCCAUCAAGUAUGUCUGCGGAAUGGCUCAAGCACUUUUGACGGCUUUAGCUACGAGCUCAAGAAACAUGGAUGGUACUGCUCUGUACGAAGCUGUUGCUGCAAUAUAUAUUUCCCAAUGUGUUGGAAUGGAGCUAUCCUUGGGUCAAAUUAUCCUUGUCAGUCUUACCGCUACCCUCGCAAGCAUUGGCGCUGCUGGGAUCCCCCAAGCAGGAAUUGUUACCAUGAUCAUGGUGUUAAUUGCAAUUGGACUCCCAUCGAAUCUAUUUAUUUUGAUUUUUCCCGUGGAUUUCUUUUUGGAUAGGAUUCGCACAACUGUCAACGUACAUGGAGAUAGUAUCGGAGCUGCUGUCGUUGGAAAACUCUGCGAAAAAUAUUUGAAGCAAGGAUCUUCUGAAGUAAAUGAACAAGGCUACAGUAUGCUGUCAACGCAUGCCAGUCCCGCUCCGUCCAAACGAAUAAGCAUUGGCAAUCAUCACUAUGAAAACUCACAUAUGUUGUGA